UCCAAGGCCACAUAUAAAACAUUACCCGCUGCCCAAAAAUUCGAAACGAAAAGAAGGGUGAAAAGGCUCGAGCGAGCAGCGGCAGCGGUUACGGCGGCUUUCUUGUAGCAGAGCAGAAGAACAAUUUUCAACGCGCUCAACAACAACCACGGCUACGAAAUACUCCGACGACGACCGCUACUAACCUUCCACCACUGUAGCUGACUGAAAACUUCUCUUCAUUCUCUCCUUCCCCGGCUUCUUCCGAAGCUUGUUUUGGAGGUUUUCGAUUCUGGAAAUUGUUGCUUACGGUAACGUCAAAGCGGUACAGUUAUCUCCUGCCUGUGUUCUGAUUUCAUCAGGAUUUGUUUUUGUUUCCGAGCAAACUCUGGUUUCCUUUUUUUGGUUCGACUUUGGAUUAUCUGUUGACUUUAUGAGUUCUGUACGUCAUUGAUUUGUGACUGUAUACAAUAGUGAAUAGUUGAUCAUCAAUGGAGGGUGUAAGCUUGUGAAAUUUUCUUGGUCCUAACAGUUAGAUUGUUAGAAAUGGAAGAAUAUGCAAAUAAUGGUGGAUUCUUCUGUGUUUCUUUACUCCUCCGUGUGCUUUGUUUUGGUUGAAGGGAACGGUGGCGUUCAAGUGUUACGUGAUCGGGGUAGAUAUCCCUAUUGAAAACCUGAGAUCUGAUUGUUUAGAGGAACUGGUUUAUCUUUCAGGCAUUAUGCAUGUCUGAUCCAGUGGCCACCGUGGUUGAUGUGCCAAGAGGACUUAAUUUGGCUGACAGAACAAAAUCUGUUGAUGCAAUAUCCAGCAGGGACUUCUCAUCUCUAUCUGUCAACGGAGAAGUACCCCACAGAUUCUCCGAGAGCCCCUCGUUCAGAAUCGGUGAGCUUUUUCUCACCAAUGGGGAAUCAUAUUUCGGUUCAUUGCUGGGAAAUGUACCGGAGGGUAAGGGCAAGUAUGUCUGGUCAGAUGGUUGUAUUUAUGAAGGUGAAUGGAGACGUGGGAUAAGGAGUGGGGUUGGGAAAAUCCAGUGGCCUUCAGGAGCUGCCUAUGAAGGCGAAUUCUCAGGUGGUUAUAUGCAUGGUGCUGGUAGCUACAUUGGUGCAAAUAACAUUACAUACCGAGGGAGAUGGCGGUUGAACCUCAAGCAUGGGUUGGGAUAUCAAGUUUAUCCUAAUGGAGAUGUCUGCGAAGGGUCUUGGCUACAAGGAACACCAGAAGGACCCGGGAAGUACACAUGGGCUAAUGGAAACGUCUACAUGGGGAACAUGAAAGGAGGGAAAAUGACCGGGAAAGGGACUUUCACUUGGGUGAACGGGGAUUCAUUUGAAGGAAGCUGGUUAAAUGGUAUGAUGCAUGGAUUCGGAGUGUAUACUUGGAAUGAUGGUGGUUGCUAUGUUGGCACUUGGAGCCAUGGUGUGAAGGAUGGGAAAGGAUCGUUCUACCCCAGUGGCAGUCGGUUUCCUUCAGUACAAGAACGAUACCUCAAUGCACUUAGGAAAAGAGGGCUGCUCCCUGAUAUGAGAAAGCAGAACCAAGCACAUAUACGUCAUGCUUCUUCAGUGGGCAUGAGGAGUAUGAAGGCUGGUAGAGAUCAAAGGUCCCAUCGUGAUUCGUCAGGUAAUUUAACCAAGGGAAGCUUGAUGAGCUUGCAGCAGCAAUCUCAUAACAAGAAUGUGUCGUUAGAAAGACGGUGGAGCCUUGAGGUAUCGAUUGAACAGGUGAUGGGACAUGAUUCAUCGAUUGAGUCAUCUGAAUUUGAUGGAUCUAGCCUCCCACCGAUCCUGGAAAGAGAAUAUAUGCAAGGUGUUCUGAUUAGUGAGAUUGUACUGAAUGACGACUUUUCAUCAAUGUCCAGAAGGGCAAAGCGCAAGCAAAAGAAGUUUGUUAGGGAGAUCAAGCGACCUGGUGAAACUAUACUUAAAGGGCACCGUAGUUAUGAUUUGAUGCUCAGUUUGCAGCUUGGUAUCAGGUAUACAGUAGGGAAAAUUACUCCUGUACAGAGACGAGAAGUCCGCGCAUCCGAUUUUGGUUCAAGGGCGAGUUUUUGGAUGCAUUUCCCAAAGGAUGGAUCUCAGUUGACACCUCCUCAUCACUCAGACGAUUUUAAGUGGAAGGAUUACUGCCCUAUGGUUUUUAGGAAUUUGAGGGAGAUGUUCAAGAUCGAUGCUGCUGAUUACAUGAUGUCUAUAUGUGGCAAUGAUGGUCUUAGGGAACUCUCUUCGCCGGGAAAAAGUGGGAGCAUUUUCUUCUUGUCUCAUGAUGACCGCUUCAUGAUUAAGACGCUCAGGAAGUCUGAAGUCCAGGUACUUCUGAAAAUGCUCCCUGAUUACCAUCAUCACGUAAGAACAUAUGAAAACACACUCAUAACGAAGUUUUUUGGGCUUCAUAGGAUCAAACCUACAAGUGGUCAGAAGUUUCGUUUCGUGGUUAUGGGAAACAUGUUCUGCACUGAAUUGAGGAUCCAUCGGAGGUUUGAUCUGAAAGGUUCCUCACUAGGGCGAUCCUCAGAGAAAAUAGAAAUCGAUGAGAACACUACUCUCAAGGAUUUGGAUCUGAACUACAGCUUCUAUUUGGAACCUACUUGGCGAGAAUCUUUACUAAAGCAGAUAGAGACAGACAGCAAAUUUUUGGAAGCACAGCAUAUCAUGGAUUAUAGCCUUCUAUUAGGUGUGCAUUACAGAGCACCGCAGCACCUUCGGCCCUUCACGUCACUUCAGAAGAACGAAGGCUUAGGAGUUCUGGCCGAGGAAGUUAACUAUUGUGCAUUGUCAGACACCAUCGAUGAUGAAACAUACCCACAAGGUCUAGUCCUCAUCCCUCGAGGAGAGGACGAUGGCAGUGUCGUUGUUGGUCCUCACAUCAGAGGCAGCCGAUUGAAAGCCUCAGGUGAUGAGGAAGUUGAUCUCCUUCUUCCUGGCACUGCAAGGCUUCAGAUCCAGCUUGGGGUUAACCUGCCAGCAAGAGCAGAGCAGACUACAGAGGAUGAAGCAGGGAAAAAGAAGUUCAAUGAAACAUACGAUGUCGUUCUUUACCUUGGCAUAAUCGACAUUCUCCAGGAGUACAACAUUAGUAAGAAGAUCGAGCACGCUUACAAAGCUUUCCAAUUCGAUUCCUUGUCGAUUUCAGCUGUGGAUCCCACGUUCUACUCCAGGCGCUUCCUGGAGUUCAUACAGAAGGCAUUCCCUCCCAAUGCUGUCACCCUCUAAGAAGCCGUUCCCUCCAUCUUCCUUCCUUUCACUCCAUGAGGCACAGCAGAUUCUUGUUUUUUGUCGAACCGAUUGGCUCAAUGGCGACCACCACGAAUGAUAAUUCGACUUGUACAUUACAAGCCUUGUACAAACACGACUGAUUGAGCCCUAUACAUAUGCAUCAUUUCAUGUAAUGCCAUGCAUCUGCUGAUCAAUUGCUCUCUUAAAAAUUUGAUAUGGCCUGAGCAGUAUUUGAUCCUCUCAAAGAUUUAACACCUCUGGUAAAACAUUAAACCGCAAAUCACAACAUUCAGAGUUUCAGAUGACGACGACUAACAACUUUGAGGUGAAAUGUUUAAUCAUGAAUUUCAGGCAAUCAAAACAAAGGCUUGUUCUGAAGAGUAGCAAAGCAGAACAAAACUUCCCAAUUCGCUUAAGCUAAAGAGUACAAACACUUCUCUAUCGUAUGAUACAAACUUAUCCCAUAUUGGGUGGAGGUGGAGGAGGUGGAUGGACGCCUUGCCCUGGGAAACCCUGAGGCAUCGGAGGUCUGCCCAUCUGAGCACCAGGAGUGAAAUUAGCCAUCCCACUGCCGCCUGGCGGUGGAGGCGGAGCUGGUGGAGCCUCCCCUGGAGGCAUAGGUCUAGGACCGUUCCCCAUUUGGGGUGGAGGUGGAGGUGGCCUUGCUCCUCCGUCUGGAGGUGGGGGAGGGGGUAGACCCUGCGGUGGUGGCGGUAGGAGAGUCCUUGGAGGGACGCCAGGAGCAGACGUGCCAUUCGCUGUUGCCGCACCAGCAGCUGGAGGUUUGUUGGUCUCUGGUGGCUUGGUCUUAAAGUAUAGCUGUAACUUGAACAUCUUAGAGUCGGGAUCCCAAUGUGAGAAGAACUUGGGAGUUGACUUGUCGAUUUCUGUGCUGGGGACCUUGAAGGCAACAAUCUCAUAUGGUUCUGCUGCGAACAGAAGAUACUGGUAACUCUUGUCAUAGGACUGGACUUUCUGCUCAUAAGAUGACAUAAACCUGUGCCUUGGCUUUGUGUUGUCUUCGAUUUCGGGAUACUCGAUCUGAAAGAGAAGAGAUCUCUGCUUAGUCUCCGGAUCAAACUGCUUGGUCACACGGUACCCAGGUCUGCCGAUUUUGACUGUCUUGCGGAUGUUAACUUUGCGCUUGUUAGGCUGCGGGAGAGCUGGAGCUUCCUUGGCCUCGCGAGCAGCUCUCUUCGCCAAAUUGGUCUGGUGACGCUUCCCUUGGGUGUGAGCCAGGUAGUUCCCU